AUGGCGGAAAUUUCAGAACCCGCACUUGACAAAUCUGCUGCUGUUGAAGAAGGCACAACGACUGUGGCAAAUGAAGGCGACAAUGCGUACGAGGAACAUGUUCAGCAAGGUCCUGAGAGCAAACGAACCCUCCCAGAACUACCAACGGAAAUAUGGCGAGAAGUAUUUCAACAAAUUACCAUUCCUCCUAGAACAGUGUUUUUGUCGAGGACAGAAGCUCCAUUGUCGUUAUUACACACUUGCCGCAAAUGGCGAGUUCUAGCUCUUCGUACUCCAGCACUCUGGGCAGAAAUCAAUAUCCGUGUGAAGAAAACCUCAGAGGCCGCUCCAGACACGUCCUAUACGAAAAUUUACCCAAGGCCCGAGAUCCUACGUCUCAAACUUGCAGCCUCAGCAAGACACCCUCUUUCUAUCUCUAUUUCGCCUGCCGCAGGACCUCCAUAUAUCGAGGAGGAGGAUAUUACUGCAAAAAGCGUAUUUAUGUUAUUCAGGGGAUUGUUUAUGACAUCGCCGCGUUGGAAACGCUUGAGCCUGAGGCUCCCAGGUAUGAGCUCCGGAUACUUUUUAUCACACUUCAAAGUGGUUUCACAGUUCCCCGAGUUGGAAACAUUCUCCUUGUCGACUACUUAUUCCAUGAAGAAGCGGAUUCCUAGUUCGCCACGAUUUGGAAAUUUUGUGGCAGAUCGAUGCUUCCCCUCUCAGUUUUGGACACACUCACCAAAGCUGAGAAAAUUGGAUCUAGACAUCACAGUAUCCGGACCCAGAUUCCUUGAUCCUCCUCCCCGUCAUCCCCCUCCAUUGACUGGUUGGGCAACCUCCGCUUCACGUAUUCCCUUCCAACAGCUUACUGAGUUGACACUUGAUGGUGGCGAACUACAGAUUAUCACUAUGGAAGAGCUCUUCGAAAUCAUCCAGGUGGCCCGGGAGUUAGUUACAUUUAAAGCGCUCCACGUUAGGACCAGGAGUGACCAACCUGAGUACGUAGAUCCCACGCCUUGUCUGCCGCAUCUUCGCUAUUUGGAGCUGGAAAUAUGCGGUAUGGAUCAGGAUGCGUUCGACCCUAUUGAUGACGAACAUGUCUCUAUUACCGUGAUUCUUUCUUAUUUCAGUGCCCCAUCUCUCGUCGAUCUGAGGUUGGGCUGGGACGACAGACUAGAUCUAGAGAGCCUUGGUAUCUUUUUAGAAAGAUCAGGAUGUUCUCUGGAGACAUUUGCCUUGAAUGACUCUCCGAUCGAGUCUGAUGACCUGAUCGCCUGCCUUAAGCUCCUCCCAACAGUUAAAUCAUUUAUUCGCACUAUGCUUUGUCCACUGGGGAGUAACCCGUAUGCACCGGAGUGGACAAGGCUACGAGAAUUCGCCGAGUGGGAUGACGAGACAUCUCAAUUUGCCUUGUGUCCUCUCUUGGAGGAGAUUACAAUAGACGCUGGUUCCCUUGAACUAGAGGACGAGGGCACUGAAGACGAACUGAACCCUGACGAAGUCGACGAUGGAUACUUCUUUUGGGAAAUGGUCAAGUGCCGUUUGGAACGUAGUCAGUUACCGGACGGCACAAGUCGCUUCAAAAAGGUGACGCUGACAGGAAAAAAUCGACGGCCUAUCCCCGAGUACGAAAUGCUCGAAAAGCUACGCCUUCCUCCGUUUAACCUGAACCUGGUGGAGAUCAAGGACUGGCCUAAUGGUCUAUAA